CAGGCAGCAGUGGGACUCGCAGCCGACGGUGUGCACCUUCUGCAUCUGAGUUGUCAAUCUGCUUAAUUGCCAAUGCGCCCUAUCAAUGACGAGCGGCCCGAACCGCUUGGUCUCACCACUCGCCAGCGAUUGCCAGAGGACUUCACGAAUUCAGACACAAGAUAAUGGUGCGACCAGAUAAAUAGGUAGGUACCCUAGGUAAAUAUGUAGGGUCUGUACCCCGGAUCCCCAAUCGUUCCCAGAGGAGAAUCUCGAGACGACCGGCCCUGGGACGGCCAUCACAGAAAGCGACUUCCGACGAAACAGAACAAUCAUGGCCGCUUCCACCCCCGUCCUGUCUCCCGCUCCAGACACAGUCACAGAUGCCACACCGGGGCGAAUCGCCGAAGAGAGCGCGGCGCCAUUGGAAGCGCCCAGGUCCGUCGAGACGGCAGCGGCGAGCCCGCGGCCAACCGUGUCCAUCGUCCCCGGCUACCGCCCAGGCAUACUCGCCCGCACCCUGCAGAUGCACUUAGACUAUUACUAUCCGACGGAACGCUGGGGCCGCGAGUUCGAAGCCGUCUUGUCCACCACACUGGGGGAUCUUCUCGCGCGGCUGGAUAAGCCGGUGAAUCAAGUCUGGUCGGCCGUAAUGGCGACCCCGGGGCUGGACCCCGAGGCAUCUCCUGCGGAGCGCAUAGUGGGGGUGGUGUAUGUUGACGGCGAGUGCUCUGGGAAGGAGGGGGUGGCGCGCCUGCGCUGCUUCAUCGUGGAUGGGCAAGCCAGGGGCUUGGGUAUCGGCAAGGAGCUCUUGAGCGCGGCCAUGGAGUUUGUGAGGCUGUCUGGGUUUCGUGAGUGCCAGUUGACAACGAUGCGCAAGCUCACCGCCGCUCGGAGACUGUACGAGAGGGAAGGGUUCAAAGAGGCUGGCGAAACGUGGUUUGAGGGGUUUGGGAAGGGAGUCAUGGAGCUAAAGUAUGUUUGGCACCCGAGUGAUGAAGUCUGAACGCCCGAAAAGGUGUUCUCCAGAAACAGUUGGGAUAAAUCGAUGAUUUGACCUGUGGCCGACAAUGGGAAGAGAACUAGGCUACCUCCUGACUUGGUCAUCUGA